GCUUACCCCUAUCCCAAGUCCUAACCACCAUAAACAUUUGAUAAAGUUUGCUUGUACUAUUUUAAUAUAUUUAUUCCUCCAUCAAGAAAUUCCUUAUUCUAUUAUGCAAGUUUGAUAACAUGAAUAAUGUGCUCUUUGUCCAAUUUAUUUGGUGUUUUCUGAAUUUUUAACACCUGCAAGCUCUCUUGUUUCUUGAAAAUUUCGUGAUGACGCCAUGGUGAAUUCGAUCUUUAUUCAAGGUGGAAGCCAAUAAAAAAUUGAUGUGAAUGUGUGUAUUUUCAUUUUUCAAUCGUUGUUGAGAUGGAUGAUGAAAGGCUUGUAUACUCGCUUGAUAAAGCCUUUACUUAUGUGGGGUUUGGGAAGUUUCAAGUUGUUGUUCUUCUUUAUGCUGGACUUGGAUUGUUUGCAGAAGCUAUGGAAGUUAUGAUUCUGUCUUUUAUAGGACCUGCAAUUAAGUCAGAGUGGAGAAUUUCUCCAGCACAAGAAUCGCUUUUAACAACUGUUGUAUUUGCUGGCUUGCUUCUUGGUACAUAUUCAUGGGGCUUUAUAUCUGAUAACUACAGUAUAAGGCAGGCCUUUUUACCGGCCUCCUUUGGGUAAUCCGAUAGUAUUUUAUUUCUUUGUUGCUGGGAGAGUAGAAAAAGAAUAGCAUAUUUUGUGCAGGUGCUGGUGCCAUAUUAAAUUUCUGUUAGUCCGCUAUUAGUGUUCCCCUGUGCUUUUGAUCACUUGGCAAGCUUGGUUCUAGUUGACUUAUUCAUUU